CCACUUCUUUUAUCACUCUAUACCUAUAACAAAAAAUUUAGACGCCUUAUCAACGCUCGCUCUCAAAAAAAAUAAGAGCUCCAUAAAAAGUCUCAUUCCAAAUCUAAAUCUUGGCACGUUUGAGUCGGUUUAAGGGAAGUAAAAUAAUAAAAUGUCAAAGUUAUUUCGUGCAUUAAUAAUGGGACCGCCUGGAAGUGGUAAAGGAACUAUCUCUGGAAGGAUCACAAAGUUCUUUGACACGACUCAUUUAAGUACCGGAGAUGUCUUGAGGAAUAAUAUUGAGAAACUAACUCCGUUGGGUAUUGAGGCUGAAACAUACAUUAGAAAGGGUAGUUUAGUACCUGAUGACAGCAUGGUCAAGUGCAUUUUGGAAGAGAUUAAGGAUAUUAAGGGAUCAUUCUUGCUUGACGGAUUUCCUCGUACAAAAACACAAGCUGAGAAGCUGUGGGAAGUUCAGAAAAUUGAUUCUGUCAUUAAUCUUGUUGUACCUUAUGAACUGAUUGUAGAACGAGUCAAAUUACGUUAUGUCCAUAUGCCAAGUGGUCGAGUAUACAAUCUUGAUUACAAUCCUCCAAAAGAACCAAUGAAAGAUGAUGUCACGGGCGAACUUCUGAUAAAACGACAAGACGAUGACCCAGAUAUUUUAACAAAGCGCCUGAAAGUGUAUGACAAUGAAACAAUACCGGUUUUAGAGUUCUAUAAGACGAAAGGAAUUUUGAAUGAAUUUAAAGGAAAUACAUCAAAUGAGAUUUGGGCAAAAUUAAAACCGUGGUUGGAAGAACAUAUGGAUUUAAAGGAAGAAGAGUAAUUAUUGCAGCAUAGAUUAUUGAUUCCAUUUGAUGUUAGUGAUUUAUUAGCGCAUUUCCGCACAAAUUUACCCAGAAACUUGUUGUGUUCCAUUUUAUUAGAUUAAGUUGUUAACGUGAAAUUUUUAUUUGAAUUUAUAAUGAAGAAUUUGAAAUUACAUUUAUCGUUAUUUUGUAAAAUAAAUCUAAUGACGAGAAUUUAAAGAUUAGUCAUCCAGUUAUCUGUUACCUAUACCAUAAACUUGUCAUUUAAUUCCAAUUAUUUAUGCCACGUGUAUGCAAAAUAAGUAAAACGUUGUUUAACAAUUUAUAAGGAAAUGAUUGUUGUGUGCUAAAAUUGUUCUUAUGGUGCU